GCGAUACAACAUAGCAAUGGCUCCUAAAACCAGUGGAAAGGCAGCGAAGAAGUCUGGAAAGGCCCAGAAAAGUAUUACCAAGACCGACAAGAAAAAGAAGAAGGUCCGCAGGAAGGAAAGCUACGCUAUCUACAUUUACAAAGUGUUGAAACAAGUCCAUCCUGACACGGGUAUUUCAUCCAAAGCCAUGAGUAUCAUGAACAGCUUUGUGAAUGAUAUUUUCGAACGCAUCGCCGCUGAAUCAUCUCGCUUGGCGCAUUACAACAAACGUUCAACGAUAACUUCUCGUGAAAUUCAAACCGCAGUUCGUUUACUGCUGCCAGGAGAAUUGGCCAAACACGCUGUCUCCGAAGGAACCAAAGCCGUCACGAAGUAUACCAGCUCCAAGUAACUCCCGAGUCAUGUAGCAAAAAAAACAACGGCCCUUUUCAGGGCCACAAA